AUUUCUUUCCAGAGCUAUACUGGUUGAAUGUACGUGAAGUAUUCAAUUAUGGAACGUUGAACUGUUUCUUUUCUGCCUUGUCGUUUCCAUGUUUAAUUUUCAUACGUUUAGAUACGCUUUAAAUAGUCUAGAAAUAUUGACCAAACGUUGUAGUUUGAGAAUUCGAAAAAUACAUAGUCUGGCUGCGACUUACAAACCGUACUGUAAAUCGUCCAAUAAGCUCUACAGCCAGACACCAUCAGAAUAUUAUUCUGGAUUGCAGAAAAAUAGUUUCUUUGAAACUGAAGACAAACAAAUUGCGACAAAUAUCAAUAUGACUUCUACUUCGACCGGAGACGGCACUUGGGGCUGGCUUGGGGUCGACGAAGACUUGGGAAGAGAAGCCGAACCAAACGAGUUUGUUCGUUUGCCCGAGGACAAAAUCAACGAAACAAAAUACAAGAGCUUAACGAACGCCGCUCAUUGUAUGGUCUACGCAGAAAACAGUGAGAAAGUUUUUGGCAUUUACAAAAUUCGCGCGGCUGUUCUCAUGCAACUUCGGUACGAUGGAUAUUUUGGUUUUCCCGGCGGACUACUCGACCAAGGCGAAGAUUCUGUGACCGCAGUCAACCGAGAACUAGUAGAGGAAAUGAAUUUUGACACCGCAACACAUAAAAUUACCAACGACGAUUACGUUGUCUCGCAUUGGAGUGAAAAAAAACAAUUAGUUCUUCAUUUCUACAAAUUCAAAGUCACCGUUGACGAACUCGUCGAAAUAGAAAAAAGAGCGUUGCUGGCACACGACUACGGCGGUGAGGUGCUCGGUACGGUUAGAGUGCCUUUGUACACGAUGGGCGACAAGUACAGAGGAUUCCCGUUGUUUUUGAGUCACAAAUUUAUCGGCUGUUCGCGUAACCAGUUAUUGGCUACUUUGUUGAAGUUUAACAUAUUCACUGCCGAAGAGAUCCAAUCGGUGUUGAAUGCGAGCAGUGGCGACAGAUCAAUACUAUUAUAAAUACAUUAAACUUGUAAAUCUUAUUUCUACUUAAAGAAUAUAAUACAUGUACACAUAUUUUUCGAUAUAAUAUUAUGGUGCAAAUGUUUUGAACGAUAAUGGCUGACACUCCAAAGUGGUCAGGUUUAAUAACACGCACGUUUGAGUCGUUGAAAACGAAGGUACGCAGAUAAGCCUCGUAGUCGUACCUAGGAAAAUAAAAACGGUUUGAUGGUAAGUUA